AUGGCUGGAGAGGAAGACGCUCUCUCGGUGGCGACACUCUCGCUCGAGGCUACAGACGUCCGUGUCGACGAGAAAGUGGCCGCUGUGCGGGAGAGCGUGAUCGGAGGCAAUGUGGAUCAGGUUCUGGCGACUGUGGGCGACCUCGGAGACCAGUCGCCGCUCGUGUACCUCAUGGACUGGCUCCACACUUGGCAACAGGAGUACGAGGCUUUUGUUCAUGUUCUAGGCGUCCAGGAGGAGACAGCGGACCACAAGGGGCCGAUCGAGAUGGAAAAGGAUCUUGCUAAUGUAGAGGCUGAGGCGAAGCAACUGAUGACGGGGUUCGGCAAGGUAGUGAUGGCGCUGCUGCCGCGUCUGGGUGUCAAGGACCCAGACAGCGUGGUAGACCGACACGGGUGGACGCUGUUGAUGCAAGCGGCCAACUCUGGAAUGUACGACUUGGCGAAAGGACUUGUAGAUCGUAAAGCUGAUGUGAACUAUAGCGGCACAGCAAAGCACGCGUAUAACCCUCUCUACCUGGCUAUCGAGUCGGAGCACACGGCUGUAGCUAUGUUGCUGCUUGAAAACGGUGCCAUUGCUUCUGCCACAAAGCUGGUCAAGACUCCUGCUAUCGAUGCAGAGAAUGGAAAAAAAGAUGACGUGGAAGGCGAUGACUGUGCACUAUUCCAGGCUUGUCGCUUUGGUCAAUUCCGCGUCGUCAAAGAAAUGCUAGCACGAGGCGUGGACGUCAACUUUGCACUGCCUUCAAAUGGCGACCGUGCGCUGCAUGUGUCAGUGAUGUUUGGGAUGCAGAAUGUCGUUGAGCUUCUCGUUGAUGACGAGGCGAUUGAUUUGAAUGCACUGAACAAGAUUGGCCAGGUUUGUCUCUUUGGCUGCUCCUGUGUUGAGCUGGUGAAGCUGCUUGUUGCGAAGGGAGUGGACCCCAAAAUAGAAGAUAUUGACGGCGAGACGGCUCUAUCGAUGGCGCAAGCACUCGGAGAUGAUGAGGUGGCCGCAUACUUGGAGAAUCUGACCAUGUAG